AUGGCCCCCAAACACCAGUCUUCACUUCCACCCCAAGCAAAGAAACCGAAGAAACCGAGAAGGACUCCUGCCUCCAGGCCAGAGGAAACGUCUGCUUCUCCGAACUUGCCGAAGGAAGAAAAAGAACAGCAAGAAGCAAUUGAACACAUUGAUGAAGUACAAAAUGAAAUAGACAGACUUAACGAACAAGCCAGUGAGGAGAUUUUGAAAGUAGAACAGAAAUACAACAAACUCCGCCAACCAAUUUUUCAGAAGAGGUCGGAAUUGUUCGCCAAAACCCCACAUUUUUGGGUAACAACAUUUGUUAACCAUCCACAAGUAUCUGCACUGCUUGAGGAGGAGGACGAAGAGGCACUGCAUUAUUUGACAAGAGUCGAAGUGACAGAAUUUGAAGAUAUUAAAUCAGGUUACAGAAUAGAUGUUUAUUUUGAUGAAAACCCUUACUUUGAAAAUAAAGUUCUUUCCAAAGAAUUUCAUCUGAAUGAGAGUGGUGAUCCAUCUUCAAAGUCCACUGAAAUCAAAUGGAAAUCCGGAAAGGAUGUGACAAAACGUUCAAGUCAAACUCAGAAUAAAGCCAGCAGGAAGAGACAGCAUGAGGACCCAGAAAGCUUCUUCACCUGGUUUACUGAUCAUUCUGAUGUAGGUGCAGAUGAGUUAGGAGAGGUCAUCAAAGAUGAUAUUUGGCCAAAUCCAUUACAGUACUACUUGGUUCUGGACACGGAUGAUGAGGAAAGAGAAGGAGAAGAAGAUGAUGAUGAUGAUGAAGAGGAAGAAGGAUUGGAAGAUAUUGAUGAAGAAGGGGAUGAGGCUGAAGGUGAAGAAGAUGAAGAUGAUGAUGAGGGGGAGGGAGGAGAGGAAGAUGAAGGAGAAGAUGACUAAUGGAACACUGAUGGAUUCCAACCUUCCUUUGUUAAUUUUCUCCAGUCCCUGGGAGCAAGUUGCAGUCUUUUUUUUUUUUUUUUUU